UGUCCAAGUGAUCGGUAGCUAGACCAAGUGAAUCAAGUGUAUUUUAUAUUUGUGUACUAGCCAAAUAUCAAGUGAAGCACUUCAUUGUUGUGUGUUUUUGUUUGCAAAUAUUAUUUUUCCUCUCUUGCUGAAAAAUAUGCAUAUGACAUAGACGAGGAAAACCCGAAAAAAGACCAGUGAAUAAUAAAUCAGAAGUUGGAAAAAAAAGAAGUGAAUUCUGUGAGACGAAACAUAUAUUAUUGAACAAAAGAAAAAAAAAACAGAAAUAAACGAGUUAAAAUCAUCAUAUGACUCAAGAGAUCAAUAACGAUUGACAUUUUGAGAAAAAAGCGAAUCGUCAAAGUGAUUAAAUCGUUUUAUAAGAACCGCUUGAUUCUCGGUAAUAAAAUAAUCAUAUUUUCUGGAAUCGAAUUAAAAAAAAGUGGUUAAAGCAAGUUAAAGCUUCAGUGAAUGUAAGUGCAAAAAGUUGUUGGAAAUUAGUGAGAAACAUUUGAUUUCUCACACAAAGAUACAAACACUGAUUUAAAGAUCAAACGAAAGGAAUUCGUGCAAUAAGAAGCAAUAGUUUAGCAGCAGCAAUCGAAACCCCAAACGGAAUACAAAAAUGGAAGUGGUGAUCAAAAAGAACAAAUACUUGAAAUGGUGGUUCGUGAUAGCAUUUGCGCUAUGCCUGUUGCUUUGUGGAAUUCUAGUCACAUUUGGAUUUACCGCAAUAGUUAAAUUAGUAAUUGAUCAUCAGGUAGCAUUACGGCCGGGUGCUCAAUCGUUUGGAUGGUGGUCGAAACCGCCAGUCGAACCAAUGAUGAAGAUCUACGUUUACAACGUUACAAAUGCCGAUGAAUUCCUCAACAAUGGCACCAAACCCAUACUCGACGAACUCGGACCAUAUGUCUACGUUGAAUCAUGGGAAAAGGUGAAUAUUGUUCACAAUGAAAAUGGAACAAUUAGCUUCAAUCAAAAGAAAACAUUUAUCUUCAACGAAGAACUCUCAAAUGGUUCUGAGGACGAUGUUGUUAUCGUGCCAAAUAUUCCAAUGUUGAGCGCCACAUCACAGAGCAAACAUGCAGCACGGUUCUUGCGAUUGGCGAUGGCCAGUAUUAUGGAUAUUUUAAAGAUAAAACCAUUCGUCGAGGUAUCAGUUGGACAAUUGUUGUGGGGUUAUGAAGAUCCACUAUUGAAAUUGGCUAAAGACGUUGUGCCAAAGGAGCAAAAGCUACCAUACGAAGAGUUUGGCGUGUUAUAUGGCAAAAAUAGCACAUCACCGGAUCGUGUAACCAUUUUCUCGGGAGUGAAUGAUAUCACACAGUUCGGAAUUAUCGACAAGUACAAUGGUGUUGAAUACUUGCCACAUUGGUCAACACCCGCUUGCAACCAUUUGAAUGGAACCGAUGGCUCCAUUUUCCCACCACAUAUCACCAAAAACACAACAUUACAUUUGUAUGACAAAGACUUAUGCCGCCUGUUGCCAUUGUCAUUCGAAAAGGAAGUUAGCACACGCAACAAUGUGCCCGGCUAUCGUUUUACACCAUCGGAAAAAGUGUUUGCAUCCGUUGAAAAUAAUCCAGACAAUGUUUGCUUCUGUCCAAAUGGACCACCAUGCGCACCACACGGAAUGUUCAACGUUUCAGCAUGUCAAUACGAUUCACCGAUCUUAUUGAGUUUCCCACAUUUCUACAUGGGUGACCAGAGUCUUCGUUCAGCCGUUGAGGGUAUGUCACCACCCGAAAAGGAAAAGCAUCAAUUCUUCAUCGAUGUUCAACCCGAAAUGGGAACAUCGUUGCGUGCACGUGCUCGUGUUCAAAUCAAUUUGGCUGUCAGUCAGGUCAUCGAUAUCAAACAAGUGGCCAAUUUUCCCGAUAUAAUUUUCCCAAUUUUGUGGUUCGAAGAAGGUAUUGACGGUUUGCCAGAGGAAAUAACCAGUUUAAUGUUGUUGGCCACCCAAGUACCACCAAAGGCACGUUCAACAUUGAUGUUGGUACUAUUCAUCGUUGGUGCAUUGUUGUUAGUUAUUGCUGUCACCUGUUUGGUGCGACGAUCACAUCGACAAAGCACAUUGCAUUUGGCUUCAAAUUACUUGGCCACAUCGGCUGUUGAUCAGCAGAAAAAGAAAGCGCAGAGCGAACACAAACGAUAUUAGAUAGAUGCUCUAUAAUUUUUUUUUUGAUUAGUAAUUAUUAGAACACAAAGCCUAGCAGCAACAAAAAAAAAACAACAACAACACUUACGAACAAGCAAUAAUACAAGAUCAAUCCGGUUGUUGGGAAAUGAUAUCUAUAUGGUAAAUUUAGUAUUCGGUUUAAAGUGGCAAAGCUCCAUAAGCACACACUCACAAAAAAAAACAAAUGCCUAGAUUGGUGAAUUGACGGACAUAAAAAAAAAACACGAUAGAAAGAAAUUCCGAAAA